AUGGCCAGCGCUGUGGGGCCAUCGGCGAACGGCUCUCAGUCCCUGAGGAACGAGACCCAGCACGCGGAAGGGCCUCCCUCGCCCUUCUGGAACGGCGGUCGCUUCGUGCUCUACGCCAUCCUCACCCUGACCUGGGUGCCGACCUUCGCGCUCUCCGUCCUCAUGGCGUGCCUCCUCGUUCGUGUCAGGGCGUACGGCGAGAGCGCCAAGUACAUACUCUUCGCGAACCUCACGGCGUGCGACUCCACGUACAUGCUGUUGUCGGGCGCCCUCACCGUGCUCCGGUCGGAGCUGGUGUGGGUGUCGCGCGUGCUCUGCGCCCUGCAGGUCAACCUCAGCAUGACGCUGCACGUGAACAGCGUGCUCAGCGUUGCAGCGAUGGCCGUGGAGCGGUACGUGGCCAUCUGCCACCCGCUCAGGUACCACCAGCUGUCGCACCGGCGCUCUGGCCUGCAGGCAGUCGCCUGCAUCUGGCUGCUGUCAUUGUUGGCUCCGACCCUGCGCCUUGGCCUUUACUUCGCGAGCGGGCCGCCCUUCUUGACGGGCAGCGAACCGGUCUGCGAAAUCAACACGUUCGACGCCCAAUUGCCCUACGGGGAGGCGACCAUCAUCAUUCGCAACGUGUUUCUGUACACUUUCUUCGUCCUGUGCACGUUGGGCGUGCUGAUUUCCUACAUCCUGACGGCUCGCGCCGCUAAAAGGGCGUCAGAGAGACGGAGCAGUUUCUCAAAGGCUCUGAAGACCAUCGUGCUGCACGGAAUUCAGCUAUGCCUGUGCCUCCUGCCCGCUGCUUUGCCCAUGGCCCACAACAUUGUGGGCCUCUUAAACCUGAGCCCCCUCGGCUUGUAUGGAGUUCGCGUCACGAUAUACUUUGUGCUGCACGUGGUCCCGCGCUUCAUGAGUCCCUUUCUCUAUGGCGUCAGGGACGAGGAGAUCGUGAAGGACCUGCGGAGGCUCCUCUGCUGCGUCCGUUCGAAGCGAGUGAAUCCUUAA